AUGGCGCACGAAAGUUCACCCUCGACGAGAACAAUAGUCAUCCUCGGCGGCUCCUACAGUGGCAUAUCUACGGCGCACUACCUACUCAGGCAUGCACUUCCAACGCUACCGCAUCCGGACAUGUAUCGUGUGGUACUUGUCAAUCCUUCCAGGGACACAAUGUGUCGAUCAGCCUGCCCUCGGGCUAUGAUCUCAGACGCCAUGUUCGAUCAGUCGAAACUCUUUGUCGAUAUUCCGAGGCAAUUCGAGCAAUACCCCGACCGCAGCUUCCAAUUCCUGCAAGGCCGUGCGACCGCUUUGGAUCACUAUGUGCGGGCAGUGACUAUCAGGGCGGUCGAGGGUACCAGCGAGACCCUCGAAUACCACGCACUUGUCAUUGCCACGGGAGCCUCCACUCCUUCACCACUGUUGGGUCCCAAUCCCGACACUCCUCAUCUAAAGCAAAACUGGGCUGAGUUUCGAAAGGCCCUCCCGACCGCAAGGAGCAUCGUCAUUGCAGGAGGUGGCCCGGCAGGGGUUGAGACCGCUGGUGAGCUUGGCGAAUACCUCAACGGUCGCACCGGCUGGUUCAAUUCUAAAAUGGAUCAUCCGAAAGUAGCUAUUACGAUUGUUACAGCUGGCUCACAGAUUCUCCCAGUUUUGCGACCAUCAUUGGCGACGAAGGCCGAGAAGUUCCUGGCUCAGGUAGGUGUCAAAGUCGUAAAGAAUGCCAGAGUCGUCUCUGUAACGCCGGCUGGAUCCGGCACAAAGACAUUGAUCCAACCGACUACGGUCUUGCUCGAUAAUAGCACGACGCUCGAAGCCAACAUCUACAUUCCUGCUACCGGAACCAAUCCCAACACCUCGUUCAUCGAUCCGACUCUCCUCACAAGCGACGGUCGCGUGGAAACCAACAAAUCCACGCUUCGCGUCGACAAAGCUGGCCCGCGCGUGUACGCCCUUGGUGACGCUGCUUCAGCAGCCCGUCCAGCAGUGCACCUCAUUUUCGAGGAGGUCCCGGUGCUCUGCACCAACAUCAAAAAGGACUUGCUCAUGGCAGCUGGAGCGGAAAAAAUGACCUUGGGUGAGGACAGAGCGUUCGGGGAAGAUAUGAGCGAGACGCAGAUGGUGCCGAUAGGGAAGAGCAAGGGUGUCGGUGCAGCGAUGGGUUGGGCUCUUCCAAGCUGGCUGAUCUGGGCUAUCAAGGGGCGGGACUAUUGGCUCUGGACAACAGGGCCGCUGUGGAGUGGGAAGCAAUGGACCAAGGAGAAGUAA